AUGGCCGAACCCCCCCUCUCCGUGGUCUCCCGGCCUCCCAAGAGUCCACUGCGAAGGGUGCCCAUCCGUCUCGGUCUCGGGGCCCAUCUCGGCGUCAGCACCCGCCAGGCGGCCCUCUCUGCAUCGCCGUACACAUGUCGCCGUCCAGUCCGCGGCCGGCCUCCCGAGACCGCGAGGGACGUGGACCUCGUCGCGGUGCCAAAGUCGGCAAGCCCUCCAUUGCGCAAGUGCCUGACGUGUCGCAGCAGGAAGGUCAAGUGCUCCGGCACUGUCCCCUGCGCCUACUGUUCCAAACGCGGGCUUGCCUGCCACAGGCAUGACCCCGGCGAGCGCCGCUUCUACUCUGUCGAGAAAAUACGGGACCUCGAAGCACGCCUGGCUCGCUUCGAGAACAGAGCUCGUCGCGACGACGCUGAUGGGGGCAAGGAUGCUGGCAGCCAAGAGGAUCUGCUAGGGUCCAGAUCACCCGUUUUGACACUUCAGCGCACUCAGUACACAAUACCGGCCGAUGCAGCGCUAAGCUCCAGCAACAACUUUGGCUCCCGUGUCUCUCAGCUGCUCGGCAGCUACCCAUGGGCGCACCGACCGUCAAAUCCUGAGAGACCCCCUCCCGUGCCCAAUCGUUACAACGAGGCGAUCCCGCCACUUCCGGACGAGGCUCAUGCGCGACGGCUCGUAGAUGCUGUUCUCUUCUACGUUGGACAGACACAGAGCCACUUCGACCCGCGGCUUUUCUUUGACCGCAUGGAUCUCUAUUAUGCCCACGCUCACGAUUCAGCGCAGGCUUGUACUCCGUGGUUCCUUGAGAUGCUCGUGGUGUUUGCCCUCGGAAAGCUGUUCAUCAGCGACUUUGCCCAGGGCCGAGACCAUGAACAGGGAUUGCCUGGCAGCCAGCUUUUCGAGUUUGCGCUUUCGAACCUCCCAAACCUCGGCCAGUUAUACGCACAGGGCACACUAGGCGUCGAGAUUCUGGCUCUCAUCGCGCUCUAUCUGCAGAACGUUGACCGGCAGGCCGAGGCAUAUAUUCAUAUCAGUACUGCUCUGAGACUGGCUAUCACCCAUGGCUAUCACAAAAAGGCUGGGGUGACCCAUCUACUCCUGUCAGAGAAGGUCCAACUGAACCGGUUGUGGUGGACGGUGUACAUGCAGGAUAGGAGACUGGCUGCUGCAACUGGAAAUCCAUAUGGUAUUCAGGAUGAGGCGAUAGACUUGGAUCUUCCUCCAGAGUCUUUGGGGUUUGGUCCUGCUGCGCCUCUGCGGCUCAACAUGGAGAUUGCAAGAAUUACAGGGCGCAUUACUGGAGUUCUUUAUGGGGACCACGACCGAACCGAGCACGACUUUGUCUCCAAGGUCCAGGAAAUCAUUCGCAGCCUGUCAGACAUCUCCAGGCACAUCUCGUCCAAGAUAUCCACCGACGUGCGUGCCCCGGCCGAUGCGCAGGUUGCCCGGACAUCAGCCUCCCUGCAGCUCAUGCUCUUGCAAGCCACACUCUUGACCAUUCGUCCCAUCAUGCUCCAUGUUACUCGGCUCAUUCUCAGCGGCAAUUUCACAGGCGGUGGGGAGCUUGUCACCUCAUCCCUUGGUAAGCUCUCUCGGACAUGCUCCGAGGCGGCACGACGGCUACUCGGCGUAGUCGUAGCUCUCAAAGAGCGCAACAUACUGGCCAUCUUUGGAUUCUUCGACUGCGACGCCACCUGCUCGGCCGCUUUUGUCAUGAUCCUUACCGCCAUCUUUGACUCCGCCUGCCCCGGCGAGCAGAAAAUGCGGUCGUCAGCCUCCUUGGCCGACGCCGUCGAGAUCCUGCAACACAUGGCCAGCAACGGCAACAGGCACGCCAUCCAGCGCCUCCAGGAAGUACGCAGGGUCUGGUCCCAUAUCGAACCACACCUGCAUGAGCGAUGGAACGCCACCGCACCGGUGCCAAAUGCCUCGCAGGUGUUGCCAUCGCCUCGUGCUGCUCCGGUUACGGAUGUGCAAGUGACGGAACGGAGUAUUGACGAUUUGGAGUCUCAGCGCCAUCCGCCGCCGCCGCCGCCUCCGCCGCAGCAGCAGCACCACCACCACUACCACCGACGGCAAAGUUCUGUUUCUGCACAGAUAGACGCCUCGGCGUCGGAUUGGUUCAACAGCGGAAUAAGAGACGCAGAACGUGGUGGCUAUGUGGCUCUAGACUCUGAGCUGGGCCACGGCCAAACCGUCCUGCCUAGUGCCUUAUGGGACGACAUCUCCCAGCUGUGGCUGCCACUUGGCGAGUUCAACGACGGACUCUUCCAUGAGGGCAACGGCAUUGGGGAGGAAACAGAAGAUAGCCAGACGACUUUCUUAUGCAUCUGCCUCUACGCUUAUGCUCAUCUACAUUGA